AUGAGCACAAUGAGCAACACCAGUGGAUCAACCGAAUCGACGCAGCAACAGACGCCUGUACAGCGUAACUUUGUCUUUGUUCUUCCACCACCGCCCACCAUAUGGGUGCAAUUUAGCAAUGGCAUGCAAAUGGGCUUUACACCGUCUCCGGGGCAGCACUUACAGUCGGUGCUACACGGUGUCCCGCUCUUUGGUGGAGAGACUAAUGGAAACAAUAGUAACGGGUUUCUCAAUGCUUUGAACGAGCUCUUUCAGCGCGCACAAGAACAACAGCACGGUCCUCCUCCAACGAGCAAAUUGUUUUUGGAUAAAUUGCCAAUGAAAAUGUGGACUCAAGACAUGCAAAAGACGGAGAGUCAAACGGACUGUGUCAUUUGUUUAAGUGAGUUUGAGAAAAACGACAAGGUCAUUUCUCUUCCGUGUGGUCACACUUUUCACAAGGACUGUGGUAUGACGUGGCUAAUUGAGCACAAUGUGUGCCCUACUUGCCGAUACCAGUUACCUACACAAACAGAACCUACCACGGCACAGGCAGCUACACAGACUUCACCGGGAGCAACGUCAGAGCCAGAACAAGAGCUUCAAUUGCAGGGCGCAGCUGUAAACGUCACGGGGGUGCGCCGUCAACGGCCGACAGAGACAAAUCACCCACGCGAUGUCCGUCAGCGGGUAAACGAGCCAUCUUUGACAUCGGUGGACGAAGAUGUGGACAUGGAUUUGAUGCUGGAGGAAGAGGCAGAACGCUUUGUGAAGGAAGAAAUGGAACAGCGUCGAUCUGUAUCGAAUGACGAUAGCGUUGAGAUUCAGGACCGUGACGUAGAAGAGUUUCUUCACGAAAGAUCGAGUCUCUCACAUCAAGACUCGGUGUAG